AUGUCUCCCUCUUCGCCCGCCGAAUCCCAAGAACCUCGUCCCGGCGUCGAGUCUCUUGCCGUCGAUUCCACCGUUGCAGAUUCGCCACGACCAGACAACCACGAAAUGCUUUCCUUACCGCACCUCGAAGACGGCCUCGCCGCCCCUGCCCUGCCGGCCAAGAGCGCCCUGCGCGCCUCGAGGCUGCUCACCUCCCUCCCGCAAAAGGCCUCUACCGAAGAGAGGCCCAUCCUCCCCCACGCCGCCCCUCACCAGGUCUACCUCUCGUCUGAAGAAGACGCCUCGUCCUCGGCAGACGACUUUUCCGAUUUCGACGAGUUCGACUCGGACAGCGAGCAGUCACAGCGGUCCGACUCCACGCGGACCAGCCACGAGGACACGGCCCGGAUCGUGACCGUCGUCUUUCACGGCCGCCCCUCGAUCGUCGAGCUCCCGCCGAGGUCCUCGACACCCGCCUCGACCAGCUCGACCAGCUUGACGAGCUCGAGGCGGCCUUCUACGGGCAUUGUACGCACCUCGACGGAGCCCACCACCGUUUUCCGCACCCGAUCCAUCUCAUCCACCUCGACAUUAUUGCACCCGCCCAGGUCAAGCAGCAUGAAGCCCAAGAUGCUUGAGAAGAAGCGGCCGACGUUUCUCACAAUCGACCCGUUCGCACCCAAGGUUACCGAGCCCGAGGAGAUAGAGUCGGCACGGCCAACGCCCAAGACGCCGACGGGGAUGCUGAGGAAGACGCUCAGCCUGGUCAAGAAGCGAAGCCGCCCCAUGCUCAACCAAGACGGCGGCCACCGCGACAGCUUCUCGCUGCAAUUGUCGCCCAUGGCGCAGCUGGGCGAGGAGGAGGUGGCGCCGUCGCCGCGCGAGGAGUCCCCCAAGACGCAGGUGCGCACUAGCUAUCAGGACAUCAUGCGGGGCGCCAAGCGGAACGCAGAGGCCACCCCGAGGACCGAGAGCACAACGCCAUCAUCCCCAAGCACACACAAGAGCCGGUUCCGGAGCGGGCUGUCCAUGAGCCGGCCGCGGAGCAUCAGAGCGUGA